AUGAAUCCUCAUAAUCCCCACCAACCGCAAUUUUCAUCAAUACCAUAUGGUACCACUCCGCCGGGUGCCUCGGGACACAACCCUCCACUGCGCGCCUUCAACAACCCAUACUCGACUUCGAACUCGCCCACUAACGCAACUUUCCAGCAAGCCGCCGCGUACCUAGAAGGCCAUUACGACGAUGAUGGAGACGACCGCGCCAACGACCAUGAUGACCAUGAUCAGGGACAAGGCGACCCCAAGCGUCGCCGUAUAGCACGCGCCUGUGACAUGUGCCGAAAGAAGAAGAUCAAAUGCGACGGCAAGAUGCCCAAAUGUUCACACUGCACAAACUACAAGACCGAGUGCAUUUUCACCCAGGUCGAGAAGAAGCGUCAACCUCCAAAGGGCGCAAAGUACAUUGAAGGACUGGAGAACAGACUCGCACGUAUGGAGGGACUACUCAAGAUGUCAGGAUUGCUGGGCGAAGAUGAUGGUGGCAAGACUGAUCUCGGCACGCUGGAGAAGCGGUUGGCAGAUAGACAGGCUGCUGGCUCUUCCUUUGCGUCGCCAGGUUCCCCACUUGUUGCUGGUGAUGGGUCGACUUCUGCUCAUCCAACUCCGCCUACUGGACUCACCAGUCCCCAACCCGGCGGGCCGCAUCAAGACGGUCAGGCGCAGUCUCAGGACAAGGCUGCGGAGGGAUUGGCAGAUCAGAUGUGCUCGCUGGUCACGAAUCAUGCUGGAGAAACGCGAUAUAUUGGCUCCUCUUCUGGCUUCUCCAUCUUCUCGCCAAAAGGAAUUCAGUGGGUUAACGAAAAGACUGGAGACUCCUCAUUCCGCGACAUGAUAUCUCAGGCAGCCACUGACGAUCGAGCGUGGGCUACCUGGAAGCCCGAGGUCUUUGACGACAUCUUCUCGCGCAAAAUCUACAAGCCUUUGCCUCCCAAGCCUGAAGCCCUCGCGUUACUCAAGGACUUCUUCGAGAACUUCAACUGUGUGUUUCCAUUGUUCCACGAACCAACCUUUAUGCAUCUGGUCGACAAACACUACUCACUGGACCCAUACGAAGGCUCUGGAUGGUGGGCCAGCUUGAACGUUGCGCUUGCCAUCUCGCACAGACUCCGUAUCAUGGGUGAAGAUGAUGCAAAAGUGGAAGAUGCGAAGGCCUGGGGGUACCUAAAGAACGCUCUAGCGGUCUUCUCCGAAUUGACCAUGCGGAACAACGAUUUGCUUAGUGUGCAAGCUCUACUGGGCAUGGCGCUCUUCAUGCAAGGUACACCAAAUCCUCAGCCAGGCUUCUUCCUGGUCGCCGCAGCGAUUCGCUUAGCACACAGUAUUGGACUGCACAAACGUGGAUCUGACUUCAAUCUCAACGAGGUUGAGUCUGAACAGAGGAAACGUGUGUUCUGGAUUGGCUACCUGAUGGACAAGGACAUUUGCCUUCGCUCAGGAAGGCCACCUAUUCAAGACGACGAUGACAUGAACGUCGAGCUCCCUAGUGAGAACCCGCAGGACAACAUCGGCGUCGUAUCAAUAGAGGAUGGCAAGAGCAAGGUCAAUCUCUUCCGGAUCCAGUGCGUCUUCGCCAUGAUCCAGUCAAAGGUCUACAAACUACUUUACUCGGUGAAAGCCGCUCGUCAAACAGAUGGUGAGCUGUUGAACACCAUUGGAGAUCUCGACCAAGAGCUUGAGGAAUGGAAGGAUUCUAUCCCUAUUGAGUUCCGCCCUGAGCACGAAAUCAAGAUGGUCAGCCAAUCGCCACUUAUGCUGCAUAUCGUGGUUAUGCAUUUUGCUUACUACAAUUGUCUAACAACCAUUCACCGAAUGUCGGUUCAUCAUGGUUAUUGGACGUCUCGUCUCUCCAACUACGCCAUCGCAGGGCUGAAUGCGCGUCCACUUAAUCCUCGUGUGUUCAUGUCAGCAGCAUUGUGCGUGAAUGCUGCGCGAACAUCCAUCUCGCUCGUCAAGUUUAUCCCUAGUCAGGAUCAUGCUUGUGUCUGGCUUCUGGUGUACUACCCUGUAUCUGCGCUUGUCACUCUGUUUGCCAACAUCUUGCAAAAUCCGCAAGAUGCUAGAGCACGGUCCGAUCUUAAGCUCAUGAACUCGAUGACCGAAUUCCUGCAGAUGCUUUGUAACGAAGAUGGCAACGUUCAUUGCCGAAGAAUGGCCUCGAUAUGUAAAGAGUUUGAGCGCAUCGCCAGAGUGGUGCUUGACAAGGCCGAGAGGGAUAUCAAGGGCAGAGGCAAGAGAAAGAAUCGUGACAGCGAUUCUGCCGGCCCAUCCACUCAACCACCGCAGAUAGAGGGUCGCUCUGCUUCGCAACCGGCGCAAACCCAACGAACAUCGAAGAUGCCUGCCUCGACGCUUCCCAACGGACGGACAUCGACUGCAUCGCCAAAUAUGCAUGUCAACGGGCAAACGCAACGUCCGCCCUUCCAAUCGUCACCCAUGGCACAGGUAUUGAACCCGUUCGCUGCACAAUCAAACACAUCACCUUACCCAGCUACUACCAUGGCGCCAGAGCCCUGGAUGCAAAGCGUCCCUCCUGCGCCAGGAAACAUGUUUGCUACUGACGGUCGGUUCUCACAACCGUCAUUCCCACAGGACAAUAACUUUGACAUGCAAGGGUAUGGAUUAGGCGGACCCAUGGGUGGAGAUAUGGGUGGCAGUUUCCAACAGCCAUUUGUUCCGCAAGACUUGUGGCAGAUGCCUAUGACCUUAGAAUGGGACUGGGCGGAUUUCUUUGGCACCGGACCGGGGUUUGACCUCAAUGAUCCCACAGGAGGAGGCGGGCCUCAUUAA